AUGGCGUCUGCCCUUUGGGGGACAUGGGAGGUCCAUGGCAGUCAGUGGCCACUGGCCAAGCUGCCAGAAUUGGGCCUGGAGCCUGGUCUGUCCAGACUCCGCUGGGCUCCCUACUGGACCUCCGUGUCCCAGCUGGGGUUAGGGAGGGGGCCGGGGGCCACACUCACCCUUGUCUUUGUGUUGCAGGGCAUUGUGGGAAAUCUGUCCAGCGGGAAGUCUGCUCUGGUGCAUCGCUACCUGACCGGCACCUAUGUGCAGGAAGAAUCCCCGGAAGGGGGUCGCUUCAAGAAGGAGAUCGUUGUGGAUGGGCAGAGCUACCUGCUGCUGAUUCGUGACGAAGGAGGGCCCCCUGAGCUGCAGUUUGCAGCCUGGGUCGAUGCCGUGGUGUUCGUCUUCAGCCUCGAAGAUGAGAUCAGCUUCCAGACCGUCUACAACUACUACCUGCGCCUCUGCAGCUACCGCAACACGUCUGAGGUGCCCCUUGUGCUGGUGGGCACGCAAGAUGCCAUCAGUGCCACAAACCCCCGGGUGAUCGACGACUCCCGAGCCCGGAAGCUCUCGAAUGACCUGAAGCGCUGCACCUAUUAUGAGACGUGCGCCACCUACGGGCUGAAUGUGGAGCGGGUCUUCCAGGAUGUGGCCCAGAAGGUGGUGGCCCUGCGGAAGAAGCAGCAACUCUCCAUCGGGCCCUGCAAGUCGCUGCCCAACUCGCCCAGCCAUUCCUCUGUCUCGGCAGCCUCCAUCCCCUCUGUGCACAUCAACCAGGCUGCGAACGGGAGCGGAGCCUUCAGCGACUACUCCUCCUCAGUCCCCUCCACCCCCAGCAUCAGCCAGCGAGAGCUGCGGAUCGAGACCAUCGCUGCCUCCAACACGCCCACCCCCAUCCGCAAGCAGUCCAAGCGCCGCUCCAACAUCUUUACAGGCCGGAUCAGGGACAGGCACUGGGAGUGAUUUCAGAUUAGCAGCCUGGCCUCCCUGCUGCCACAGGGGCCCCCCUCCCGGAAACACGCAGGAGCCUUUUGCCCUCCCCCCCUCUGUAAAGUCUCUGAGAGAGAGAGAAAGAGAGAGAGAGAGAGAGCGCCUGCGCCUGCCCUGUAAGCCGGGACUUUGCUGGGCGUGCCGAUUGUCCACGCGAGUGUCGGAGACGGCUUUCCUGGGACGGGAAGGGAAGACCGGCCGAGUCGCCAGGAAGUGCCAGGAGACGGAGGGCCCAAGGGACGCUUUGCUGCUGUUAGCGCCCACCUGCCCACCUGCUAUUUGCUGUCCAGCUCCCUCCUUCCUCCUGCAUGGACUCCUCCUCCUCUUCUUCUUCUUCCUCCUCUUCUUCCUCCUCUGCUUCCUCCUGUUCCUCCUUCAAGCAGAGCAGAGACUCCUCUGGCUCUUGGAGCCCUGGUGGGCUCACCGGUGUGGCGAGAGGCGGGUGCCUGCGGAGAGCGGGGUGCUUGCAGCCAGCUCACGUGACGGACAAGCAGGAGGGCCUGUGGGACUGACGGACACUUGCCAAGAGCCGCAGGCUGCCCCCGCCCAGCAUCCUUGUGGUUCUGAAUGUGUUGGUUGUGUUCUCUGCUGUGAAUCUCGCAACUUGCACCACUGUUUCCCCACGGAUUGCUUCUCAGCGGACUGUCGAGUUUCAACCUUAGUUAUUUAUUAAGUUGCUGCUGCUGCUGCCGAUGAUGAUGAUGAUGAUAAACGGGAGUUCUUGCUCUUCCUGCCCCUCUUUCCCCCCUCAAGAAUCAUGUUCUCAAUGUAAAGUGGGUGUUUACUGUUGAUUCUCUUUUGUAAGGGGCCUGCCGUGGCCCAGUGACCUCUGCGACUUUGUAUGGUGCCCGUGUGUUCACCAAAUAAACAGUUGCAUUAGU